AUGUUACCACUAAAUGGAUCAAAUCGGCGCCAAAGCCGUGCCGUGGUGGCUUUUGUUGUGUACAUUUCGCUGUUUUUGGAUAAUAUGCUUCUGACUGUGAUUGUUCCCAUCCUGCCGGAUUACCUCGUCCAGUUCCACACCAACGUCCCGGCCAGCGUCAUCUACAAGAACUUCAGCCUUCAUUACGUCCCGAAGCUGAUCGGAGCCGGCAGUGACGCUGUCGUCGUUCAGCCAACCCCUUUCCCCUCCCCCGAUGGCCGUCCGUCAGCGAUCGAGGAGGAAAACGGUUCCAUCGGCAUCCUGCUCGGAGUGAAGGCCCUAGUGCAGCUGGUGGCCAACCCAAUCGUUGGAAGUGGCACGGCCCGUUUCGGCUACUGUCUGCCGAUCGUGUUCGGCACCGUGCAGCUGCUGCUGGCGUCGCUGAUAUUCGGUUUCGGCACGUCGUACGGCUCGCUGUUUGUGGCCCGCGCCAUCCACGGUCUCGGCUCGGCUUGCAUCGGCGUGUGCGGCAUGAGUUUGGUGGCGCAGCUGUACUCGGAACCGGAUCGUCGGUCGCGCAUCAUGGGCACGGUGUUGGGUGCGAUGGCCGUCGGCGUGCUGGUCGGUUACCCGUUCGGGGGAGUUGUGUACGAGUUGGCCGGGAAGGCGGCUCCCUUUCACGUGCUGGCCGCCCUCUGUGCCGGCAAUCUGAUCCUGCAGUAUCUGCAGCUCGACUGUGGGUCGCACCGGUUCCACGCUGGAUUGCCCCGGGUGGACGCGACUUCAACGACGACGGUAGCGACGGAUGAACGCCGUCCAACCUGGUGGCCGUUGCUCAGCAAUCGGUUGGUGCUUGUCGUCGUCGGAGGCAUUUGGAUCUCCACCUCCGCCAUGGCCAUCCUCGAGCCGUGCCUUCCGCUCUGGAUGAUCGCCCAACUGCAUCCGAAAAAGUGGCAACUUGGAACCGUCUUCAUACCGGACUCGAUCGGCUACUGGCUUGGCACGAACUGCUUCGGCUCGGUCGCGUACCGCUUCGGGCAGAUCCGCGUGUCCAUCCUGGCCCUGCUGCUCGUCGGCACCGCCUGCAUCCUCAUCCCUUCCGCAAGCACAGUCACCGGGCUGCUGCUUCCUCACUUCGGGCUCGGUCUAGGGAUCGGAGUGGUGGACGCGGCCCUCGUGCCCCUGCUUGCCACCUUGGUCGAUCAGCUGCGCGAAAGCCAACCUGUGCACGAGCUCGAAAUGGCAAGUCCGGAAGAGCCGGACGGAAGGCACGGUUACGGUGCGGUCUAUGCCAUCCAGCAGAUAGCGGUCAGCGUGGCCUACUCUCUGGCGCCCAUCGUCGGGGGCGAGUUAGUUCCCAUCGUCGGGUUUCCCGCCGUCCUACGUGCCCUAGGCGCACUGAACCUCCUCUACGUUCCACUGCUCGCCUGUGCAACGCUCCGGAACUGCUUUGGUAAACCUACGAGCGGUGCACAAACCAAUCUCCCACUCGCCAACACCGAACCCGGGUCGUACAAACGGUUCUACAACACUGUCGAGUAA